AUGUCAAAAGUCCUUCUCAUCACAGGUGCUACAGGAAAGCAGGGUGGUGCAGUGAUAAGUGCACUUCUCGACCGGGACCCUGGCAAAUUCACGAUUCUCGCCGUCACACGCGACGUCAACAGCAUCAGCGCCAAGAAUCUUGCUCAAAAAUCACCCUCGAUCAAACUCGUGCAGGGCAAUCUUGAUAAUGUCCCUGGCUUGUUCUACGAAGCUCGAAAGAUACAUCCCCAACCUAUCUGGGGUGUCUACUCUGUCCAGGUCUCUAUGGGAAAGGGGGUGACACUCGAGGGUGAAGUUGCACAGGGUACGGCUCUCGUUGACGAGGCUAUCAAGACCGGUAUCAGACAUUUCGUUUACAGCAGCGUCGAGCGUGGCGGAGACGAAGCAUCGUGGGACAAUCCAACCCCUAUACCUCACUUUCAGAGCAAGUACCGCAUUGAGCGGCAUCUCCGAGACGCCACCGGCCCGGGAAAACCGGGCGCAAGUAUGAGUUGGACAAUACUGCGUCCGGUAGCUUUCAUGGAUAAUCUAGCACCCGGGUUCCCAACCAGGGUUUUCAUGGCCGCGCUACAUAAUCACUUAGGAAAUAAACGUAUGCAAUGGAUCGCCACGUCGGACAUUGGCAUCUUUGCUGCCAAGGCGUUUGCUGACCCCGAGCGCUGGAACCGGAGGGCCGUCGGCCUCGCAGGCGACGAGUUAUCAUGGGAGCAACUUAAUGCCUCAUUCGCCAAGGCGACGGGUUCCCCCGUACCGGUGAGCUACUGGUUUUUCGGGAGCGCGCUGACAUACAUGGUCACCGAGAUGGCCCUGAUGAUUGGAUGGUUUGCUAGCGAUGGCUAUAAGGCAGAUGCUACAGCUCGACGCAAGGAUCAUCCUCAAAUGCUGACAUUGGAGGAGUGGUUAGUUAAAGAAAGUCCGUUUGAAACGGUCCGUCGUCAGUAA